CUCCUUUCCCCCUCUUUCAGUUGUCGCUUGGUUGUGUGUGCGUGUAUUUCUCUUCGUCUGCCAUUGUUGUUCUCCUUUGAAUUGCAUGAUGGUGUUGAUGGGAUCGUCAGGAAAGGGUCCGCCGGCGCAGCCGGGACAGCCAUUCAAGUUUACUGUGUCCGAAACGUGCGAUAGGAUCAAGGAGGAAUUUAAUUUCCUACAGGCGCAGUACCACAGCCUGAAGUUGGAGUGUGAGAAGCUUGCAAGUGAGAAGACCGAAAUGCAGAGGCAUUAUGUAAUGUACUACGAGAUGUCUUACGGCCUCAACGUCGAAAUGCACAAGCAGACAGAAGUGGCGAAGCGGUUGAAUGCCAUCAUCGCCCAAAUCUUACCGUUCCUCUCGCAAGAGCACCAACAACAAGUGGCAGCGGCAGUAGAACGUGCGAAGCAAGUCACCAUGACAGAACUCAACGCCAUCAUUGGGCAGCAGCACACGGGGCUUGCACACCUAAUGCAACAGAUGCAAGCUCAACAAAUGGCCCAUGGUCCAGGGGGCGGCCUCGGCGGGCCCGGCGCUGCUGGUCUCGGACCCCUGAUGGGCCCUCACGCCCUGGCUUUGGGUCCUCCUAACAGCGCCGCAAGUCUGCUGGCCCUCUCUUCGGGUCUCGGUGGUUCGGCGGCUGCCGCCGCUGCGCACUUGGCGGCCCUCAAGGAUCAUGACAAGCGUGCUGCACACGCCGUUGCGGAUGACAGGAGGAAUUCACCAUCCCCUCGCGAUGCCAAAGCCCGGACCCGAACUCCGGACACCGAUCUCGACAAAAAGAGACGGAAAGAAGAGAAGCACGACCAUGACAAUGACGACGAAAAUCAGGAAGUAGACGUUUCGAAUGAGGAUCCGGUCUCACCUGCCGGUGCGACGAACAACGGCAGUGUAUCUCCUCGAGAAAACGGGGCGGCGGAGCGGGGUGGCUGCAUCAAGCGGGAACGGCCCCCGAGUCGCUCCGGUUCAUCCUCAAGUCGGAGCACCCCGGUGUCUGCCAAGUCUGCAAAGGACGGACUCGUCAGUCCUCGCAUCAACUCGGGCGAGAAGUCCCCAACUCCGGUGUCCAAGUCGCUGACCCCUACAAGUUCAGGGUCGACGACGCCUGGUUCAAGCGCAGGCAAGCCACCUCUAGCCUCUUCCAAACCUACUUCUCUAGGACCAUAUCCUUACCCUCUCCCUGGUGGUCCCCAUGCUGCACUCGCAGCUGACCUGGCAGCCAAUCCAGCCUUUUCCCAGCUGCACAGCUCUGCACUGAGUUCCUAUUCGCGGUCUUUGCUUUCCCUCUCGCAGGUUGCCGGCUUCGACUCGCAUCCCUCCCUGAGACCACCGCCCCACUUUGGUGCCAUUCCUGGGGGGAAACCGGCAUAUUCCUUUCACGUGAGUGCUGAGGGUCAGAUGCAGCCCGUACCCUUCCCGCCUGAUGCACUCCUGGGCAGCGGGAUUCCGAGGCACGCAAGGCAAAUAAACACCCUGGCCCACGGCGAAGUUGUCUGUGCCGUAACCAUUUCCAAUCCCACAAAAUAUGUGUACACUGGUGGAAAAGGCUGCGUCAAGGUGUGGGAUAUUAGUCAACCUGGCUCCAAGACUCCAGUCUCCCAGCUCGACUGCCUUCAAAGAGACAACUACAUCAGGUCUUGUAAACUACUGCCUGACGGAAGAACGCUUAUCGUUGGAGGAGAGGCUUCUACGAUCUGCAUCUGGGAUCUGGGCGCUCCCACGCCUCGCAUCAAAGCGGAGUUAACUUCAAGUGCCCCAGCUUGCUAUGCCCUGGCUAUCAGCCCCGACUCCAAAGUGUGCUUCAGUUGUUGCAGUGACGGCAACAUUGCAGUGUGGGACCUGCACAACCAGACGCUCGUGAGGCAAUUCCAGGGCCACACAGAUGGCGCCAGUUGCAUAGACAUCUCGAGUGAUGGGACCAAAUUGUGGACGGGGGGUCUGGACAACACAGUUCGGUCCUGGGAUCUGAGAGAGGUGAGUAUGGGUCGCCAGCUGCAGCAGCACGACUUCACGUCACAGAUAUUCUCGUUAGGAUAUUGCCCCACUGGAGAAUGGCUGGCGGUCGGGAUGGAAAGCAGCAACGUGGAGGUUCUACACUGUAGCAAGCCGGACAAGUACCAGCUCCAUCUACACGAGAGCUGUGUCCUCUCACUCAAAUUUGCCUCUUGCGGCAAAUGGUUUGUUAGUACGGGCAAGGACAACCUGCUCAAUGCAUGGAGGACUCCCUAUGGUGCAAGCAUCUUCCAGUCCAAAGAAUCGUCAUCUGUGCUGAGCUGCGAUAUCUCAUCAGAUGACAAGUACAUAGUCACGGGUUCAGGGGACAAGAAGGCUACUGUCUAUGAAGUCAUCUACUGAGUGGACUGUGUGUUGGACACUUUACUUCUGUGUGCGUAGCCCUCCUCCCCCUUAUCAUCUCUAGCUUUAUCCUCUGCUUCGUCUAUAGUUCUUAAUGUGCCCACUGUAAAAAAGGACUGUCAUUUUGUUACACAGAUUAUUUUUCUCUGCUCCGUCUACGUUCACCACAGCAUUCUUCAAACUGCCUAACGUUUAAAUCGUGAAGUCACAUUCUUAGGUCAUCCAGACAACUUCCAUUUUGGGCAUACUUUAGGUGACUCAAAUGGUAGUACGUGUGACACCAUUCGUAGAAUGUGUUUGACUUUGGAAGCGAUUUGCUCCGACGUUUUACGAUGCUGCUUGUGUCUCCGGAGAGUCGUCAGCUGACUCAGAUUUUGUGUUAAGUAGGGCUGAGUGCACGUUAAUUUAAGAUGCCUUUAAUUUGGAACCCAUUUUUUACAACGGCAUUCAUAAAUGUGGCGCGAGCAUAAAUUUUUAUAAAUUUGGUUCCCGAAUGUUAUGCAAUAAAUGCAACUCUGUAGGACCCUCGGGCAGAAUGUGAAUGAGGGUAAACUCUCAAGCCAUUUUGACAUAUUUAAGUGCGCAUAAUGUAUUGAAAGGCUGGCCUAAAUGAUCGAUUCUAUAUUGAAGCCAUUGAGGAAGAAAUGCAACGUUUAUGUUGUACAAAUUGUCAGUCCCGUAUGACGAGAUAUUAAAGCUUAAAAAAAAAUGUGGUUACUUUAUAUGCAACCCUUAUGUAAGCCCGACCAUACGAAUGUAUUGGAUGCAAAAGUUAGCAAAGCCAAAAUACCUAUGAACUCUCUAUAUUUACUAUAGUAGGUAGAGCUUUAGUUUGAAUGACAUCUCUGUCCUGUAAACACCUUGGGUUAACAUUUCUGUCAUGAAUGUACCACAAAGAAUGUCGGGCUGCACUUUCAUGAGAAUAGCACUCUUUUCAUAGCAGCACCGCGUCUUACUGCGCUCCUCGCCGGGCUUUCGGACUACGGAAGGAGCACGGAAAGGCGCUCGCCUACAAAAAUUCGGCACUCUGUAAGAUAUACUAGUAUGCUGCGCAGAGAAGCAUUCUGAUGAGAGUAGGAGCCCACAAAGCAAGAUAAGUUUAAUACGGUGCCAUCAUCCACGUUACUGUUGUCAUGUGAUGUUACCACUAUUUAUGAAAAUGAACGCUUUGUUUGUUUAGGGCUGUGUAGAGUGAAGGGGGAGGACAGGUUAGUGUGGAAGGUCCACUGUGGUGCACGGGGCUAAGUGCACCAUUGCAAUUUGUAUAUUGUUCGAGAGAAAGAAGUGUUACGGAUGUAGCAUGAGCCAACACAGGGGCAGUUCCUCAGGUGUGUUUAGAAAUCAUCACUCAUCGUGUUCAGUUUACACAUUCUCCAGUUCCUGUUGUCUAGAUGAGCGGAUCGAUGCAUCGCUGUACAUAAUCUUUUUUUGUGUUAUAUCAGAGUGUGAAGCAGAGACCGCCUCGUGAUUACAUUCUCGAUGGCUGUCCUGGCUGGAGGGACAUGAAAAAAAAAAGAAAAAAAAAGAAGAAUUUUGAUGUAAAAAGAUGGCAACCUAAUUUCAUAAAAUGUGUUUGCACAAGC